AUGGAAGUAGGAAGUGAAAACGAAACACAGGAUGACAGUACCAUCAUUCGCAAUCCAACACACUGCAAUGCACCGAUCACCAAGCAUGAGAUCCCGAAUUCACCGUUUUUAUCUGCGAUGGGUUGCAUAUCGGACGUUGUGCUACACCGGAUUCGACGCUCGACAGGGAUGGUGUCGCCAGCAGAGCGUGUACCAUGGCUUAUUAAAAGCUUGAAUGGACGAAUGGAAAACUUGGUAUCAUCUUUUUAUUCGGAAUACCUUGUCCAGGAAGCAGAGGUCGUGCUAAAGUUUAACAAUCCUCACAUCGCUGGAGCACUGGCUUGCGAAGGUUUGGUAGCAUGUAAACGGCAGCUAGCAAUGGAAUAUUGCUCGAACACGCUAGCCAAUCUAUUAUGCGCACUAUACGUGUGUCAGCAAGGACCAUUGAAAGCUGCCAACGCGUACAAAGUUGUGCUGGCAAUUCUCGAUGCACUGGAUUACCUACACACGAAGCAACACAUCAUGCACGGCGAUGUGAAAUCGUUUAACAUUCUGGUGGACAACGAUUUCGAAAAUAUUAAAUUGUGCGGUUUUGGCCCAUGGUCCAAAACGCUUACUGCAAACGGAACGAUGGAGAAUGUCACGGGUCGCGUCGCGAUUGGCUUAUGGUCGGCACCGGAGGUGCUCGAAAACUCUGGUAACAUAACGUCCAAGUCGGACAUGUUUUCAUUUGGAUUAGUCAUCUUCGAGAUGAUUGCUUGCCUGCCGCCGCAUACAUUUCCCGGCAUACGGGACUUGGUUAUUGCAGCUCCCAAGGAAUUAAAACAGAUGCGCAACAAAGUCCACAAUUUGGACGCCAGUAAUGACGAGGAAGUUACAGGUAUUCCGUUAUCAGCUAUCAUGCGAAAACGAGUAGUAUACGCCCGCAAACGAAAGUCACCAAUCAUGUUACCUGAAAUGAAACGAAUGAAAUACGAUGAAGUCAUUGAUCUGGUGGAGGAAGAUGAAACGGCUAAAGAUGAGUCAGUUUUGCAGGCACACGAUCGUUUGGUGACCGAUAUCGAAGGCAAAGAGAACAAACCGAUCGACAAUGAGACAAAUUUAGCUGGAAAAGAAAAUGACGCGAUUGAGAAACCAUCGGCUGUCAUCAAGGAAAAUGAUAGUGUCGGUAAAGCAAACGACGCUGUCGUAAACGAUACGAAGGAGGAUGCAGUCGGAAUUGAAAAGACCGCAGACGAACAGCAAAAAACAUCCGAAGCUGUGCCAACACCAACGAUCAACGAAACGGAUGAUACAGCGCCGAAGGUGGAUAGCUCAACCGAUCCAUCGCCCCCAUCAAACGACACCACCGAAGGCAGUGCUGCUACAAUACCGAAAGAAAAGUCCGAACCAGAAUUGGUGUUAGUAUCGCCGGAGGUGGUCACGGUGUUUGACAGUUCCGAUGAGGAAAACUUUACUCCAAUCAAAUCGUACGAGGUAAAUAGCUCGGAUGAAUUCGACACGGACACGGAGGAAAAUUCAGUGUGCUAUUCCGGAGAAAUGUACGAUGGGGAUGAUUUUGGAACCCCGGAAGACGAGGAGGGCUCGGACAUGGACGGUAACUUUCUCAAUUAUGGGUGCCUCGGUACACGUCCACCACUGCCGAGCGAACCAGCUCUCGGCAAGGAGUACGACAAGCUGCUGGAAAUGUUUUUCGCUUGCACGACCAAAAACCAUGCCUUGCGUCCAUCCGCCGCGCAAAUACUACAAGCCUAUCAGGACAACAAGGAAACACAGCCGUAG